UCUUAAAACAGAAACAAGUCUCUACUGUAUAUUCACCUCCCCUGCAACACUUCUAAUUAUAGAAGUUAUGGAAAACUCUGAUGAGGUGGACCAGUCUCAUGAGAGGGAGAGGCUGAAGAUGAGAAUUGGUGUUCUGGAGGAGAGUGUGAAGUCCUGUGAGGUGGAGUGUAAAGCCAGCAGGGAGACGGUGCUCAGGCUGGUGGCAGAGCUGGACAGAGAGAGGAGGAAGGCUGCCAACAGUGCAGCAGCUCUCGAUUCACUCAAAGUGGAGUUAGACGGUCUGCUGGUGGGGAGGAGGAGUGUUGAGAUGGAGAAGGAGACCCUAAUGGAGAGGCUUGAGGCCAGCAAGAGAGUCAUAGAGGCUGCUCGGCGAGAGUCAAAUUGUUUGGAGAAACAGGUGGAGGAGCUUGAAAGAAAGCUACAGUCAAGCCAAGGAGAGACCCAGGCAGCUGAGGAGAAACUACAGGUGUUCCUGAAAAAGAUGGCAGGGCUGCUGCAGGGGAAGUCUGAGAAUGUCCUCCUGCCCACAGAGAGAGAUAUUUUACACAAAGUGGAUGACCUCUGCAAUAAGUCUUUAUCAGAGAUGGAGGUCAGGCUGUCUCAUGUCUCUGAGGAACUGAGCGAGCAGACGGAGCUCCAGCACAGCGCGCUACAGAGGGCUCAGCUUGCAGAGCAGCAAGUCCAGGACCUGAGGGAGAGACUGCAGGGUCUUGAGACUGAGCUGUUAACAGCAGACAUGCAUCGUGACAGUCUAAGACACAACAAACAGCAUUAUGAAGAGUUCCUGGAACAGCUGUCAGAGACGAUGAAGGUUGGGAGCAUUGCUGUGGAUCUUGGCUUCGACAUGAGGCUAAAACUCAUCCUGUCACGCGUAGAGCAGCUUGUUAAACAAGAGGGAACUGCUUUGGUGGAAAGCAAAAGUCUGACCUACAGUCUACAGCGAAAGUUUAAGUCCCAGAAAGACCAGCUGGAGAGCAAAGGACUCCACAUCCAGCUCCUGAGGAAGAAGGUGUCAGAGCUGGAGGAGGAGAAGAGGAGCCGAUCAGCGCUGGCUGUGGAACGAGACGAUGCUCACCUGGAGGUCAGGAGGCUGCAGAAAAAACUUGAGCGUCUCCAAGGCGAACUGAAGGCUACCAAGCUGUCCAACACUGAGCUCAAGGCCCAGCUGUCCCAUACCAACGAGCUCAAGUUGAAAGUCAUGGAACAGAGUCAGACCAUGCAGGAGCAGAAAAAGAGGCUGGAUCAGCUGGUGGAGGGGAAGGCCAAGGUGGAGAAGAAGCUGAACACAGUGAGCUCAGACCUACAGAGCCGAGAGAAGAAGACGAGAGACGACCAGGACCAACUCAACACCCUCAGACAGAGCCUGGCUCAGCUGUCUGACAGGGAGAGAGAGUUGGUGGAUUUCCGGAUGGUUGUUUCCCAGAUGUUGGGUCUGGAUGCCACAGCCCUGGCUCUUCCAAAUAAUGAAAUCAUUAAAUUACUGGACACCCAUCUUCACAGUCAUCAUCACCAUCACCACCUCCACCAUGUUAACAUGCCCUGGCACUGUCCUGCCCACCAGAGGCCUCAUCUCCACCAAAUCCACGACCUACUUGACAGCUCCUCCCAGGAUCUUUCUACCUCCAGGUCUCCUUAUCCAGGAGACGCAGUUCCUAUUCAUGAAGCCUAGAUUUAUACAUUAUACUUAUGCCAAACUGCACUUAAAAUGUAAAUCUGUGAUCUAAAAAACAGACCUUAUACAGUAUGAACUUAUCUAUCAAGCAUCAUAUUUGUCACAUAAAAAUAUAUAUAAGUCA